AUGUUCCCUUCACUGGGGUUCCUAUUUGCUGCUCUCUCUGUAGCAAGAUGCAUCCCUGUGCAGCAGGUUCCCAGCCGCAGCAAAGUCCUCCUGGUGUCCUUUGAUGGCUUUCGGUGGAACUACGACCAGGACGUGGACACCCACAACCUGGACGCUAUGGCUGCAGAGGGGGUGAAGGCUCAGUACAUGACUCCUGCCUUCAUCACCGUCACCAGCCCGUGCCACUUCACACUACUGAGCGGGAGAUACCUGGAGAACCACGGGGUGAUCCACAACAUGUGGUUUGACACCAGCACGGGUCAGAAGCUGCCCUACCACAGCACGCAAGGGGUGGACAGCUGGUGGGACAACGGCAGCCUGCCCAUCUGGAUCACGGCACAGAGACAGGGUUUAAAGACAGGCUCUAUCUAUUUCCCUGGAGGAAAAGCAAAGUACCAAGGGGAGGAAGUGAAUAUGAAGUUGGUGGAGCCCCUCCUGUUCAACUACAGCAAUGAAACCAACUGGAGGCAGAACAUCGACACCGCGAUGGAAUGGUUCACGGUGAACAACCUCGACUUCAUCGCCCUCUACUUUGGUGAGCCGGACUCCACAGGGCACAAGUACGGCCCCGAAUCCACGCAGAGGAAAAACAUGGUCAGGCAGGUGGACAGAACCAUUGGUUACUUGAGGCAGCGCAUCCGGGAGAGCGGCCUGGAGUCAAACCUCAACCUCAUCAUCACAUCUGAUCACGGCAUGGAGGCUGUCAUAAAGACCAACGAGAUUCACAUCCAGACUGUAGAGAACUUCACCUUCAAAGACAUCCAGUUCGAGCUCUUAGAUUAUGGACCCAAUGGACUGCUGGUACCAAAAGAAGGAAAAUUAGAGCAUGUGUACUCAGUCCUCAAAAACGCCCACCCAAACCUCCACGUGUACAAGAAAGCGGAAUUCCCAAGAAGAUUCCAUUAUGCCAACCACUCUCGGAUCACCCCGCUCUUGCUGUACAGUGAUCCAGGCUAUGUGAUCCACGGGAGGUACAAGGUCCAGUUCAACAAAGGGGAGCACGGUUUUGACAAUGAGGCCAUGAACAUGAAAACCAUCUUCCGCGCCGUGGGACCGGCCUUCAAGCAGGGGCUGGUGGCGGAGCCCUUUGAAAGCGUCAACGUCUACGCCCUCCUCUGCCGGCUGCUGGGCAUCACCCCCGAGCCCCACGACGGCUCCUUGGAGCCCAUCAAGGCCAUGCUGCGUUCCAGGGCUCCGCUGCCGCCCGCACAGGACCUGCCGGUGGUGCUGGGCAUCGCUCUGGUGCUGGGAUGCUGGGGAGGAAAGCGCUGA